CAAAAUGGCAACCUCAAAAUAUAUUAAUACAAAAAUUCUGUACCUGCUGGUCUUCCUACAGCUCCUAGGCAUUAUUGGAGGCCAAAUAAUCAUCAAUCCGCCGGACCUGGAUGAACAAAUGGAGGAAUUCUUAAAGGAAAAUUCAGAAUACGAAAGCGUCAAGUCUUUUGAAAAGGGAGAAGAUGACCCUGAAGAUCAAGAUGAAGAAGAAGAACAAGGGCCCGGGAUCCUGACUGUUGGAAUCCACUUCAUAGAUACAGAAUACACCAUGGAUUACUAUAAGAAGACUUUUAAAGCCUUCAUCCUAGCAGAAGCCUCUUACGAUUGUGAGAAAUGUUUCGAAGCAGAGGAAAUGAUUGACAAAGUCUUCAAACUUUUUGCUAUGAAUGAGCUAGCAUACAAAAAGAAGGAGCUACCGAUAGUCAGGAGGGAGGUUCCCUCCCUAACUCAUCCGAGAAUUUCUAUUUAUUUCAAGGGAACACUUUAUGAGUAUCAAAAAGGGUGCCACCUCGAUCUGUUCAUUUCAUUCCUGAACCGACACCUCUUCCCAGUAGUUGCAUUGGAGACGAGGGAAGAUAUUGAAGAAUUUCAGGACACUUCAAAGGAAUGGGUCGAGAACACACCCCUCUAUAAUGGCAAAUACCGUAAACUUGGAAGGAUCUUCGAUGAGAUGGAGAAGGUCACAAGAGUCAUCGCCUUUGUCUCUGAUAAGAAAGAGCAUCAAUAUGAGCUGAAACAGCUCAAAGAAGCAGCUAAAGAACUCGGGUUUAGAGAUGACCUCCGGAUUGCCAAAAUAGUGAACAAAGAUUUAGUCAUGGAAUAUAAAGAGGAAAUGGGAACUAAGUGGUUUGAUGAAGGAUCUACCAACUCUAUGGUAGUCUUUAGCAGCUCUAAAGCUUCAGGGAGUCCACUGAAUUACUAUGACCUCUCUUCUGAGACAGUACAUCUUUCAUAUUGGAUAAACUCAGCCAGUAUAGAACACUUGGAGAAAAUGAAUGUGUUUUCAGUCCAAAUCAUGGAGAGUAUGCAUAUGCCAAUGUAUGUAGCAUUUGUGGAUGUGAAAAAGAAGAAGUACGUAGAGAGGUCUAACCAGCUGCUCCAAGUCAUUCGUAAGGUUGCAUAUGACUAUCCAUAUUUCUUAUUCGGAUAUUUUGAUAACAAUAGCUAUGAUGCAAAGAAAAAUUUGAUAGGAAUAGAGGGUGAAGAGAUGCCUCAAUUCGCGUUGUUUAAUCCUCCAAAUAAUGUAACGGUUGUUUUUCCAACUGACAAAGAAAUUAAUCAGGAGAAUAUCAGACUCUUUUUGGACAACGGACUUGAUGCUGCAAUGAAAGGAGAGCCCAUAUUUAAAGAUCAGCCAAAGAAGAAAUCAAAGAGUAACAAAUCAAAGAUUAAGGAAACUAAUGAUGACCUAUAAAACUCUCAACUAUGA